GCAUCCUCAAAGUCGCACCCGUGCCCUAAAUGCCGCGGUGAAACUGUCUCCUCCUCUACAGCGACCACGACUGCGGCGUUUUCCACGGAGAACGGUGCAUGCUGCGGCUUCCUCUCCGUCGGCGAACGGUGACAGCGCCCGAUUAAUAGCUGAAGCAAUUGAAGUCACCGAGCGCCCGAUAAGUGGGCCGGGGGUGCGAGUUCAACCGGGUGCGGCCCAGGCGCCCGUCUGAUUAAGGCUGGGUCUAGCCCAAGUCAAGUCAAUUUGGAUCUCUGGUUCGAUUGAACCAGAUGAGAACGGCAUCCACAAAUUCGCACCCGUGCCCUAAAUGCAGCGGUGAAACUGUCUCCUUCUCCACAGCGACCGCGACUGCGGCGUUUUCCUUGGCGAAAGGCGGCAGCUGCGGUGGCAUCUUCCUACGUCGAGCUCUUAUCGCUGCGGCGUUUUCCUCGGCAAACGGUGGAUGCUGCGGUUUCCUCUCCGUCGGCGAACGGUGAUAGCGCCCGGGAUAUCUGAUGCUUGGUAGUGUCUAAACCCACCAACUACAAUAUAAAAAUAAGUGGAAGAUAGUGUCUGUGCGCUGGUGUUAUAUGAUGCCAUUAUUUCAGUGGUGGAGAAUUGCCCGGUUGUGAGCAUUAGAAUGAGUAACUAAUUAUAGGUACUUGUUAUCAACUCUCAAACACCAUUUAGAGACUUAUCUCUGGCAGAAAUGGCUGAUUGGAACUGAAUGCAUGUGGAUUAACACGAGUGGUAUAGGAAUGUUGUCUGAGACAGAUGAUUAGUAGAAAGUUUUCAACAUCCUUGAUUUGAGGUAGAAGAGGAAUUUGGACUUGGAGAGGGCAGAUUAAGACUACUUUUCUUGUAUUUUUCUGCAAACAGUACGUGAUACUGCCUCGAAAGACAAUGUUUUUGGUGCAGAAAAGGCUCUUUUGCCUUCUCUCAUGUAACAAGUCCACCAUCCAUGUUUCCUCCUAUCAACUCUGCAGUCUGUUUAGAUUUUCCACUGCCGAAGAGCACAGUUCAAAUCAUGGAUCAAACUUUACGUUGGUCGACCCCCUUGAGUCAUGUGAACUUUCCUCAAAAGAGGCUGCAAAAAGGGCCAAGGAUCGCAUCUGUGAAAAAGAACUUACAAGUUCAAGUCCUUCCAUUGAGUUCUUCAAGCAGAGCGGUUGGAGUGAUGCACUAGUCAUGAAGCUUUUGCAGAGGGAACCCAGGUUGUUGCUCGCUAAUGUAGAGACUGCCCUGAAGCCCAGGAUGAGAUCCUUGCAGGACAUGGGAUUUUCUGACACUGAAAUAAUUCAGCUGGUUUCAUCAUGUCCUACUCUGCUCCGUUUAAGUGAUAUCCAACCAAGGAUCAACUUCUGGAGGUCACUUCUUGGUUCUAAUGAGAGGUUAAUUAAAGCCAGCAGGAGGAACAUAUUUCUCCUUACUUCUAGCUUGGCUCAAAAGAUUGAGCCCAAUAUAUCUCUCUUGAGGGAAUGUGGCAUCAGUGAGCAAUGCAUCACGCAGAUGCUGGUGGUAGUACCGAGUUUUUUUUGUCGAAAGAACAAUUGUGUCAAUGAAUCUAUCAAACGUGUUGAGGAGUUUGGUGUGUCACGUGACAGUAAAAUGUUCCCUCAGGUACUUUUAACAGUCAUGACCCUCAGCUGGUCCAGGUUUCAUGCUACUUUUGAAACCCUGAUGAGCUUUGGGUGGUCCCAACCAGACAGCAUUGCUGCAUUCAGUAGGUAUCCAGUCAUUUGGAAUUACUCAAAGAAGAACUUAUCUGACAAGAUGACAUUCCUGAUGAAGGAAGCUGGUUGUGAGCUGACAUAUAUCGUUGGUCAUCCCAUGCUUCUUACAUAUAGCUUGGAGAAGAGGUUGAGACCUCGAUAUGAAGUUAUGAAUUUUCUUGAUCAGAAUAAAUUGCUGGAUAAAGGACAUGACCUGCUAUCUGUCAUCCUGCUAUCUGAAGAGAAGUUCAGAAACAAAUUCCUUUUCCUGCUACGCAAGGAGAAAUUUAUUGCUCAAUAUGAUUCCUAUGUUGUUGCUGUGCGGGGAAAGCACUACGUUGUUGUGGAAAACUAGGAUUGCAAGUGCUUCCUUAAGACAAAGUGUCGACCUAUUGCAUGCUGACUGCAAAUUAAUCAUUUUACAUUUGUGACAAUUUAAAAUUCUCCUUGAGUUUCUUGGAGUAUAACUUCCCUGUUGAUUUGGUGAUUGUUCUUCUAUUUAUGUUUUCUACAACAAAUGGUACUCAUUCUUUUA